AUGUCCCUGGUACGGCUAGCAAUGAUAUCAGCCACAAAGUCGAAAGUGUUCAAACUCACCAGGGCUUCAGCCUUACUUGGUAACCUCGCUGUGAGACAACGGUGUCAUCGGCCCCUCUACAGUCCGCAGCGUAUUUCGACUGUUAAUGUUAGAACUUUCAGCGGCGUCUCAAGCCAGCAUAUCACAGAAGAUGAAGAUAAGGUUUACAUGACAAAGGCGUGUGUCAAGAGACUUGGUGAGAUCAUGGAAAAAGGAGAGUACCUGAGAAUCCGCGUCGAAGGGGGAGGUUGCUCCGGCUUCCAGUACAAGUUUGUGGUUGACGCCAACACCAAUGAAGAUGACAGAGUGUUUGAGCAAGACGGCGUGGGAGUCGUCGUGGACCAGGAUAGUAUGGAGUUUGUAAAAGGAGCCACUGUGGAUUUCAGCCAAGAACUCAUUCGAGCCACCUUCCAAGUGCUGAAGAAUCCCCGAGCUGAACACGGGUGCUCUUGUGGCAGCUCAUUUUCCGUCAAAAUCUAA